UUUGUUCUUUAAAUUUCAGCCAGCUUAUCUGGAGGAUAUGAGGUAAAUGCUGCUUCCGAGGAAAUUGUUCCAAAUGGGGUUCGUUCUUGGGAAAGUGAUGACGAUGACAAAACAUCCCAUGCAAGCUCAAGUGACUGGACUCCACGUACCCGGAUAGGUACAGGUCCUUACAGUUUUGUCCAGCAGCAUCUCAUGCUGGGUACCGAUCCACGUUCCAUCCUGAAGGAUCUGUUGCGAGGGAGCAGUCCUCCACCUGAUCUCGAUGACAUGACACUGUGGCAGAUUGUUCUGAACAUUUUGUCAGAGCCACCAAAACGGAAGAAGCGCAAAGAUAUUAACACCCUCGAGGAUGUGGUGAGGAUCUUGAAAGAGAGCAAAAAAAUCAUGGUCCUUACUGGAGCUGGGGUCUCUGUUUCAUGUGGAAUACCAGACUUCAGAUCAAGAGAUGGCAUCUACGCCAGAUUAGCAAUAGAUUUCCCAGACCUUCCAGAUCCUCAUGCCAUGUUUGAUAUUGAAUAUUUUAGAAAAGACCCCCGGCCAUUUUUUAAGUUUGCAAAGGAGAUUUAUCCUGGCCAGUUCCAGCCAUCUCUUUGCCACAAAUUUAUAGCUUUGCUGGAUAAGCAAGAAAAGCUGCUGCGGAAUUACACCCAGAACAUCGACACCCUGGAACAGGUUGCUGGCAUUGGCAGGAUUGUCGAGUGUCAUGGCUCAUUUGCGAUGGCUUCUUGUUUGAUGUGCAAAUAUAAAGUUGAUUGCGAAGCAAUCAGGAAAGAUGUUUUCAACCAGGUAGUGCCCCAGUGCCCAAAAUGUCCACCUGAUGUUCCUCUUGCAAUUAUGAAGCCAGAUAUAGUAUUCUUUGGAGAAAAUCUACCAGAGCAAUUCCACAGAAGUAUGAAAUAUGACAAAGACGAGGUUGAUCUCCUAAUUGUGAUCGGAUCUUCCUUAAAAGUGCGGCCAGUGGCCCUCAUACCAAGCUCUGUACCACACCAUGUGCCUCAGAUACUCAUUAAUAGGGAGCCCUUGAAUCACCUGAACUUUGAUGUGGAACUGUUGGGCGACUGUGAUGUUGUCAUUAAUGAGCUAUUUCAUCGUUUGGGUGGAGAGUUUGAAGAACUUUGCAGCAAUCCCAUAAAGCUGACAGAAAUCACUGAAAAGCCCCCACGAUUGCAAAAAGAGUCAAAAUGUCCCUCGUUUGAUCUUCCACCCACGCCUCCCAUUUUAACAGAAGAUUCUAGUUCAUGUGAACAAGAAAUAGAGUCUCACAGAUUGACCGCAAGAAAAGUUUCUAUCACUAAAAGUUGUGAACCUGUUGGAGAAUCUACUACAAGUUGUGCAGAUGAAAAUCCAGAGCAAUCUGAGGUAGAAAAAGAUCUUCAUGAGAAGGAACUGGAGAGCAAGAGUUCUGUGGAGGAAAGUUUUGGAAAUUGCACUGACGAACCUGUUGAGGAUAAUUGUCCAAACCCAGGGCAUCAUGUUCCAAGUAAUAUAAAGCAUACUAAAGAAGUCUUCAAAAGAGAAUGGAGCAAUAAAUAUCCAAAAGAACAAAUCAGCAAAAGAUUAGGUGAUUCCCAGUAUCUGUUCUUGGCGCCCAGUCGGUACAUCUUCCAUGGUGCUGAAGUCUACUCAGAUUCUGAGGGAGAUGACGGCUCAUCUUCUGCCAACAGUGUUAGCAACAAUGAAUCCUGCAGCAGCCAAAGUGUUGGUGAUGGGGAGGAGGAGAGCGAGAUUGAAGAAUUUCCUCAUGGAAUAGAGGAGGAAGGAGUUGGUGCUCAUUAUGGAGCUUUGGGGAUGUACUUUGAGACUGGGCAUCUCGCAGGUGGCAAUGUGUUGAGUGAGUCUGUUGAAAACCCCAUGCAAAGUGAAUGUGAAGAUGGUAAUCUGUUGGAAUAAAAGACAUAAUUGCAUGAUAUUGUUUUGUUAAGCUAUAUACCAGCAUUAAGCCACUUUUAGGAAACUUCUUACAGCCAGUGUGCUUUCCUGGAUGUACAGUGGCUGUAUUGAUCAUGCAGAACUUCAGUCUGAAACUUCUUGUUCAGCCUAUUACACACUGAAACACUAGGCCACCUUUACUAACUCCUUUUCACUGAACAUGGUACAUUUACCAAAUACAAAUUUUGCAUUUUUGGACAAUUGUUUAACAUGAGUUCAUUUGUAUUGCCUUUAUGUUGAGCAUUUAUUUUUACUGGGAUGGAUUCUCUUCCCUGCCAAAAUGUUUCACUUUGUUUUAGUUUUUUUUUGUUUUGACUUAAAUGCUUUGAGUUGUACAGCUAUUUAAUAGAGUUCCUCAGAAGUUAAAAUGAAUCUUCUGUAUAUAUUUUUGUGGAUGCUUGUUCAAAAGCCAUUUACUUGCUGAAAAGGAUACAAAGGGAGCAAAGAGAAUAAUAAGACCAAAGAACAGUGGGUGAUCUCGACUACAGCUGCGACAGAGGUUGAAGAAGUUGUGUUGCAGAAAUUAUUUUUGGGUGGUGGGCAGUUUGUUGAAGCGUAUUGCAGAUUUUAUUUCCAGUUUGUAUCUUCUCUCAUGAAGAUCAUAAUGUUUUCUAUGAGAUGAGCUGGCAGCUAAUUUAUAUACCAAGUUACUUGUUGUUUUCAUUGAGCUUAAGCUGUAUAUUAGAAACCAGGUAAGUACCUUUGAGGCGUACUUGAGUGGAUUCAAGAUAACUUUUACAAGAUGUAGCACUUGUAGUUACAUGCUGCCUUAUAGAGAUUAGUAGAGUUUACUCCUGUACCGGUUCUGCUCAGGCCUGGUUUCGGGUUUGGUAUGUAGCAGGUUCAUGUUGUUCCUUGCAUUUUCUUCCUGUGGAAAUGAGAUGUAAAGUGUAAUUUUUUUAAAAACUGAAAUAUUUGAACACCAUUGCAGAAUUGAAGAAGGAACACAAUACUGAGCUCUAAUUUCUGCUGAUGUGCCAACGUUCCACUUCCUUGUUGUGUUGGAAAUUACUUUCUUCAAGUAUUUUGACUGUUAAUUACGUGAAAUAAGCUUAGCAUUUAAUAAAACCUUAUUGUCUGCCAGGUAAAAAUUAUGCAACUUAUUAACAGCUUUAUUCCAGAGGCCCUUUAUAAAGUGUUGGUCCAGCAACAAUGAGACUUAAAUUCUGUAAUUUGCAGAACAAAUAGUGUAACUAGUCUUCUGAUGUCUUGAAGAAAUCUUUGGAUGUUAAAGUGGGCGCAGCAUAUUUUGCUUAGAACAUAUAAGCUGAGGAUGUCUGAACUCUGUAAAGGGUCUUAUUAUGCGUAUGUACUUGUUUGGUGAAACAACUAAAGAAUUGAUUAGUUUUGCAUGGUACAAGAGUUAAACAUGAGCAGUUCAACAUGUCAACACAAAUUUCUCUCUCCUCACCCCCAUCCGUACCUGGGACACUGUCAUUUCACCACAUUUGCAAUUAUUUUUCUCAAUUCUUUUUAAUAUUCCAUAAAGUCACACUUUUAUUCUGUACCUUCCUUUCUGCAGAUAAUGUUCACUAUUGCUCACGUGCAGAACUCUUCUUAGUUUUCACUGGGUGAAGGGACAUGAGUCAGCUGAUAGAUGGUGAUUAAAAAGAGAAGCAUUGAUUAUAAUCUUCAAGCAAUGUCAAAAUAGUUUGGUGAAAUGUGACCACACUGUUUUCAGUGAUGCUGACCUUGGCUUUGACAGUAAUUCCAGCACUCUGGAAGUUUUAAUCCUGUGGUUACAUUCUUUUUGUUCUGCAGCUGAGAAACAAUAUAGGCCAGAUUGUCCAUAUCCAAUCUGAUUUACCCUGGAAUAGUGAAAUGGGAGUCAAAUUCAUUCACGGGACAUACUUUAAAAAUUCUUACGUUCAUUCCCUGCUCUGACAGCACCAUAAGUAUCUUACCAAUAUCAUUGAAGAAAUUUUGUGACAUGAUCUAAUUUAUGAUCAACAAAUUUUAAGGUAUUGAAUAUAGGCUAUAUUUGCUCUGUUACUUUGCAGGAUGGUGUUCAAAUUAUUUCUCUUUUUGUACAUACUGAAUAAUUAAUGUAUUCAAACUACUUUUAUAAGGAGCAGUUAUUAAAGGUAACAUGUUUUCAGAUACAAAAACAAUUUCAUACUUAAAAGUUUUGGGUCUUGAAUUUUUUAAUGCAUUUAAAAUCCUCCAAUUUGAAUUUACAAGCUUUUACAAGAGAAAUGCUUUUUGAAAUUGACAACCGGACUGUUGGAAUACUGUGACUAAUGGAAAUGUUCUGCCAGUUUAAGCUGAAUUUAAAGUUUUAAAAGCUUGUUCCUCUUCCAUAUACCACAGUCUCUGUUCUCUGUGCUUCUCUUUUAAAGAUGUAUUUGGAUGGAUAAUAUAUUGCAAUAAAUCUCCUUCAUAAAUUA